UGCGAAGAGUCAUUCAGCGAAUAUUUGCACAUUAACGUUUAAAAUCACGUGAAUAUCCGGUAUGUGGCUACAUAAACCACACUGAAAUAACGUGUACUGGUGGACACGGAGUGGAGACUUCAUAUAAGAGGAACGGCGUUAUAUUUGCGGCAGUAUGGCGGCGCCCGAUGUUGUCUCCUCUUUAAAGUGACCAGGGGUUUUGGAAACUGAUCACAACAGAGACAAUGCUGCUGACAGCUCGCAGCCUGUCCAAAGUGCUGCAGCUCACCCUGGCGGUCAUCAAACCAGAUGCUGUCGCUAAUCCUGUGAUGAUGGAGGCUCUCCACCAGAGAAUCCUGGACAACAACUUUGUGAUUGUUCGAUGCAAAGAUCUUGUGUGGAGGCGACAGGACUCAGAGAGGUUUUACGCCGAGCAUUCGGGGCGAUUCUUCUACCAAAGGCUUGUUGAAUUCAUGUCUAGCGGUCCGAUGCGAGCGUAUGUUUUAGCCAGAGAGGAUGCCAUAUGUCACUGGAGAGAACUGAUGGGACCCACCAAAGUGUUCAGAGCCAGAUACACCUCGCCGGCCUCCAUCAGGGCCCAGUUUGGACUCACAGACACGCGAAACACGACCCACGGCUCAGAUUCUGUCGAGUCGGCACAAAGAGAAAUCCGUUUCUUCUUCCCAGACUUCUGUGCGGAGGAGUGGAUGGAGAAGGAAGAGCCAUCGUUCAGAUCGGGACAAAUACAUUACGACCAGCGAAAACAGAUCCACACGCUUUCAACGCAAAGCUGACCCCAGAACUGCUGUUACAGUCACUGAUCCGCCAGGACCACAUAGCAACUCUGCAUAUGUUCAUUGAUGGCUCAGAAGAGCAAGCUGCCAGAGAAAUGCUACAACGCUACAUAUGCUGUAUAUACUGUGUGCUGAUCCCAGCAAAGUGCAGGCUUCAUGUUUUUAUUUGUCACUGCAGUCAAAGUGCCAACAUGUUUAUCCCAUUAAACUGAUAUUCCUC